GCAGAGUGUUCCAGUGCUAGUAGGUUUUACGUGACGGCUGGAACGUUUCUUUGACGUAUUAUAUUCGUCCCCUUGAACACUGAUUGCAUACGGCGGGAGUCCAGUUGGUUACAGCUGCGUGGUAUCCUUGCACCGACCGAGAGUUACUAGGUUGCCUGUCAGCUGUAUAUACUUCAAAGCGGUGGGCAGCUGGAGGUGAAGGAGAAGCAGGGACAGCGGUGAGGCUGUCAGGGCUGCUGCUCGCGGACUAUCGGCCUGGUUGUUGGACCUUCGUGUGCUUUGUGCAGUGCCUGGGCGACGAGCUGUCCUGUGACAAAUGUCCCGAAGAGACGGCGGGCGGUGCCCUCUACUAGCAUACAGGGCAGACGAGCCCCUACCCGCGCUACAAGAUUGUUUUAAUCGUGGAGAGCAAUAUGUAGAGAUUGCUAUCGCUCCGGAGCACAUGACGAAAGAUAACAAGCGGGUGAAGGCCCGGCAGAUCUGGGGCGACACCAUCUACACCUCCGACUCGGACCUGGUGGCGGUGCUGAUGCACAUGGGCUUCUACGCGCACUACCUCUCCCACCCGCCCAACACCGUGGCGGAGUUCCGAGCGCUGCUCAAGCUGCUGCCGCCGCAGGAGAAGUACAACUCGCGGGCGCGAUUCGUCAAGUCGCGGCUGUGGUGCUCGCCGGGAGAUGGCUGCUCAUACCAGGUGGAGCGGUGCUGGCUGACCACCCGCAGCGGCACCACCAUCGACCUGCAGCCCUGUGUGGACGAGGUGCCGGCGCCCUACCCCACCGUGCAGCCCGCGGUGUCGGACCGCCAGAUCACCACACGCACAACCGGAGCGAAGAGCAAGGUGAGCCAGGAGGUGUCCAUCCAGUUCAACCUGUGCAACGAGCCCUGGCUCAAGUACACGCUGUCAGCCAUCGCGGACAAGGGCAUGAAGCACGCGGGCUGGACCAGCGCCCGGCUGCGGAGCGAGGUGCUGUUCCUGGAGACCAACAGCAAACGGUACCAGCUCUGCUGUGUCUCUACAAGUGAUGACCCGGCAAAGGGCAAGGCGCCCGCCGCACUCCCGGCCCCACAGGACCUCUUCACGUUUGCCCGCUGCAAGGCGCCGCUGCCCAUCAGCCUGCUGCAGAAGACCGGGGUGCCGCAGCCGGCGGAGCUGGUGGAGGUGGUGGAAAAGGACGUGGAGUGGGAGGAGUUCCAGUGGGGCGUGUCUUCCCUGCACCUGCGCGGCAAGGAGUACCCGCUGCGGCGGAUGCACUUCAUGCCCAACACGCGGGGAGGCGACAUGGAGUUGUGAGGACAGCUGCUACCACCACUGCUGCUGCGGCGGCAAAUGGGUUGCGGAUCGUACUAGGUCAGAGGAGCGGCUGCUUUGAGAAGCAUACCGCCGGGCGGGCGGCCGGGGGGCUAACGACCUGGCGCGGCUCUGCGGUAUUUACCAACGCAAUAGCGGCAUCGUGAGGCGAGCCGCAGUGUAGCCGUACUGCACUGGGACAUCGGCAUCGUGUGCAUAUUGGCGCCGGCUGCAACAUAGCAGCACUGUGCAGCUUAACAAGGCUUAGGUUUGUUCGUACCCGGGAACCGGACAGCCCGCCACUUGUAGGCGUCAAGUUCUGUGAUUUGGGGCGCAGUGGGUAGAUCUCUAGGACCGUUGCGUUUGGAUGCAUCUGCUUGACGUACAGGCGUUCUCGGCUAUGCCUUUCCUAGCGCCUAAGUUGAGAUGGGUAGGGGUUAGUCUACUGGAUUGGACUGGACCGACCAGGGACUGGACCGACCAGGGGAUGCAGGGGUAAUUACUACCAUUCCGAACGGACGUGUGAGCGGGCCUUCAUUGUGGGGCAUUAUGACGGUUGCUAGGGUCCAACCGAAACAAGGGCGCACUACUUUCAAGGAGCGCCCAA